AUGAAGGCAGUGAUGGACAAGAAGAACGAAAAGGUGACGAUCCGGGCCGAGUGCCGGGACGAGGAGGGCCGAAAGCACCUGGAGAAGGUGGAGCUGAAGACCCGCGACGCGGACACCGUCAAGUACGUGGAGAAGAAGCUCGCCGACAAGGGGGUGGGGCGGCUGGACCGCCACCCUGCCGACGGCCUGGCGAAGGCGGCGGGGGAAGGGGUGGCGCGAAUUGAAGUCGAUCCUCAGUUGAAGGUGGCCUGA